AACAUGGAGUUGUCCAAAUCACUGUGUCCUGCAACGGAUCAACUGGAUUCAAAAGCUACAAAUAUAAAUACAAAUUCUACACUACCUGUGCUACGGAGCACUUCCAUCGACGUAACAGCAGGAAAUGGCAAUCAUUAUGACACCAGUCAUCCAAAGCGCGGUAUAGCACUCGUCAUCAAUCAGGUGAAUUUUAAUAGUUUGAGCAAAAGAGAUGGUAGUGACAACGAUCGUGAUUGCAUCAGUACGGCAUUGAAAGGAAUGGGAUUUGAUGUACGCAGAUUGGACGAUCCAAACCGAAAGAAGCUUUUAGCCGCGCUGGAUACCGUCGCCAGCGAAGAUCAUUCGCAAAACGACUGUCUGGUAAUGGUAGUAAUGACACACGGGAAGGAGAACAACUUGCUGUACGCGAAAGAUAAGUCGUAUGAAGCGGAUAAGCUGUGGGAACCCUUCAUCGGCAAUGCCUGUCCAUCGCUACGCGGUAAGCCAAAGCUGUUUUUUGUGCAAGCCUGUCUGGGCAAACAGUUGCGCGGGUGA